AUGACCGAGUCAAAGACUGAGAGCUCGCAGCUCGCCGAUUGUAAUCAUGUUCCGAUCAUUGACCUUUCAUUUUUGAAUAGUCCAAAUUUCGAUGAGCGACGAAAACUUGCUCAGUCGAUUUAUGAUGCUUGCACUCAGGUCGGCUUCUUUUACAUCAAGAACCAUGGAAUUCCAGAGGACAAAAUAGAAGGCAUACAUAGCUCCGCAAAGCGGUUCUUCGAUCUCCCCGAGGAGCAAAAGAUGAAUUUCUAUAUUGGAAACUCACCCAAAUUCCGCGGCUACAGCCCCCUGGGUGGUGAGAGAUCCACAGGAACAGACGAUGAUCCCAUUGCCGAAGAAGACGCAGUCAGUGCUCUCUCUGAAGCAUUUGACAUUGGAUACGAAACCGCAAUGGAUCCUCAAAAAUCGAAAGAUGACCCUCUUCCCCGCGAUCCGUAUGGAUUGUACGGAGAUAACCAAUGGCCCGGCCCAGAUAUACUUCCAAACUUCACAGAGACCUACAUUGAAUAUUGUGCCAUGAUGCUAGGGCUCUGCCGAAAGCUGAUGAGAAUAUUCGCCCUCGCUUUAGACUUAUCGGAAGAUCAUUUCGACUCGAUGAUUCAGAACCCAGGUGUCACGUCUAGAAUGAUGCAUUACCCGCCUCAGCCGGUGAAGGAAGAGGUUCGUGAAGGGCUUGGGGCUCAUACGGAUUUCGAAUGUUUCACUAUCCUCUCUCAGGGUAGUGUCCCGGGCUUGCAAGUUUUGAGUCACAACGGAGAGUGGAUACUGGCACCCCCGGUGUCGGGGACAUUGGUCGUAAAUAUCGCAGAUUGCCUAUCGAUUUGGACGAAUAAAAAGUUCAAGUCGACUAUUCAUCGUGUGACAAAUUUGACUGGAAAAGAACGAUACUCUGUUCCUUUCUUCUUUGGAGUCGACUAUGAUACAACAGUGUCUGUUCUACCGAAUCAUAUUUCGGAUGAUAGACCUGCAUGUAAAGAGCCCUUCAAAGCAGGCGAGUGGGUUCGCGAAAAGCUAUCGAAGGUUACCCCGCCGUCCAUAGCGACGGCCUCACUCACACCGUUUCAGGCUGCCAUCCCGAAAGCCAAACUUGACGAGCUCGAGCUUUUGAUAAAGCUAGCGAAACUUGCACCACCCACCUAUGAAAAUUCACAAACGGACCGUCGCUAUGGUGUUUCUUCGGACUGGCUAGUGACCAUGCGGGAUCAAUGGCUUAGGUCUUAUCACUGGAAAUCCUCAGAAGAUCGAAUCAAUAGUUUUCCCCAGUAUACGACGGAGAUUGAAGGUCUUACUAUCCAUUUUGUAGGGUUAUUUUCAGAAAGGAAGGAUGCCGUUCCUCUGUUGUUGGUGCAUGGAUGGCCUGGAAGCUUCCUUGAGUUCUUGCCUAUAUUGCAAAAGUUCCGAGAGGAGUAUACACCGGAAACCUUGCCUUAUCACUUGAUUGUACCUUCACUGCCAGGUUACACAUUUUCUUCUGGGCCCCCGUUGGAUAGGAACUUUGAAAUAGGUGACAUUGCUCGUGUGUUGGAUCAGCUGAUGAAAGGCCUCGGCUUUGAGAGUGGAUAUAUUGCCCAGGGAGGUGAUAUUGGAAGUCGGAUUGCCCGGCACUUGGCCGUGGAGCAUGAGAGCUGCAAAGCUGUGCACGUCAACGUGGUUUUUAUGGGAAGGCCAGACGGCAUGACAGAUGACCACCUAAAUGCCUCCGAAAUAGCGGGCGUUAAGAGGGCGACAAAUUUUGUGACUACUGGAACAGGCUAUGCGAUGGAGCAGGGCACUCGACCUAGCACUAUUGGGCAUGUUUUGGCAUCAAGCCCGAUUGCUCUGCUAGCAUGGAUUGGAGAAAAAUUCCUGGAAUGGGUCGACAAUCCGCUUGCCCCAGAAGACAUUUUGGAAUCUGUCACCCUGUAUUGGCUUACCGAGACAUACCCUCGAGCGAUCUAUACUUAUCGACAGAACUAUCCUCCACCACCGCUUCCGUCUUCCAAUGACCCUCGUUGGUAUAUACACAAGCCGUUUGGAUUCUCUUCUUUCCCAAUGGAGCUUGUUUCAUUGCCGCGCUCGUGGAUUGAAACCACUGGCGACCUGGUAUUCUGGGAACAGCACCCGAAGGGUGGUCAUUUUGCGGCAUUAGAGCAGCCUGAUGAAUUGAAAGCGGAUCUGGUCAAGUUUGUAGACCAGGUGUGGCCAGUCCAGAAAUUUGAAUGCGGGGCUGUCCUCCACUUCUACUUCCCCAUCUCCAACUACAACAAUAACCAACAGAGCAUCAUAUUCUCAUCCAUCGCUACGAAAACCAUGACAGCAACUACAGCAGUCGAUGAAAUAUUCUCUGACGAAUCAAGCUUCUACGGCAACGAUAAUCAAAAAUCACAACUAGAAGCCCAAGUUUCUUCCUAUGACCCAGAACAAUUCUGGGUAGAAACCCACCAGAAACAGCUCUCAACCAUCCAGCAGCAAAAGCGCGCGCCUGCCCCACGCGCAAAACGCUCAUCAUCAGAUGUAUCCAUGGAAGAUGCACCCCCAGAACCAUCCGAGAUCAAAUGCAACCAACGCGGGAAGACCGAGCCCAUAUCCCAGUUUUUAUCGCGUCUUCCGCCCUCAACAACAGGAUCCGCAAGCGUAGGUCCCUGGAUCUGGAUGUACAAUCCACAUGUGCCGCCGAGGCGAAGUGGGGAUGUUCCCACUCUGCUUAGGAAAGGAAGGGAGCUUCUGCAGGCAUAUGAGAAUGAGAGUGCGAUUUUGCGCGAGGCGCAUGAUAGGUCUGGGGCUAAGACUACGGCUGGUUUGACUCGUAAAUUGAAUCCGAUGCGGAAGGAGCUUGAGAAGGGGAUUCUUGAUCUGGCGAGGGAGACUGGUGUUACAGAUGGGAAGUGGAUGCUUUUUCCGAAUGUUGAUGAAGUUGAUGAGGUCUGGGGGGCUGUUGUUCGGGCGAUGGAGAAGGGGGAGCUGGGGGAUGCGGCGAAGGUCGCUACUGAUGAUGGGUCUGGAUCUGGACAGAGUCGGUUGAUUUGUGUUUAUACAGCUGAUUUUGGGGAUGUUGAGGAUGUUAAGCGGAUUGUUCGUAGGUUGGUUGAUAUUGGGCUUGUUGGGAAGGGGCCGAAGUCUGUUUACUAUAAGUCUGAUGCUUUCACUCUUCUGGAGAUUACUUCGAAGAAUGAGUAUGGGCUGAAGGCGAGUAUGUAUUCGAGUCAGGAGAUGCUUGAGGGGAAGUAG